AGAACAUUCACAGUAUGUUUUGCGACGUUCAAAAUCAGCCAAAGCAACUUUCAAGGUUUCAUGAAUUGAUCAGUCUAAUCGUAAAGGACGUUGAAGAAUAUCGCACGACCAUACACGAACUUGAACAGUCACUACAAAGAGAAAUUGAACGUCGCAAUGAACAAGUGUUCGUAUUGGAAGAAGAAAUGCAUGCUCAAAUAAGGGACCAGGUUGAAAUUGCAAAACAAGAGGAGAAAAUCAAAAUGGAGGAAGAGUCGGCAAGAUUAAAGGAAACGUAUGAGUUACAACUUCAGCAUCUUCAAGAAUCUGUGAAAAACUUAAAACUGGUUGAGCAGAAACUUUCCGAAUCCACACCCAUUGAAAGAGAGGUUGAGAUGGCAGAGAAAGGAUUCUAGAAAUUAGCGCUGAAAAGUCGGACUUAACGACAAAAUUAAACGAAGCAGAAUCCACAAUUAUUCUUCUCCGCAGUCAAGUCAGUUCACUUCUCUUUGAUUUGCAAGAAAAGUCGAUCACUGUAGACAGAGGGCAAGACGAACUAAACCGAAGCUCUAUGGAACGAGAUCAUAUGGCACACCAAGUGCAUACGUUGUUGACCGAUAAUCGUCGACUUCGAGAUUCUCACGACGAAAUGCAAGAAGUUCUUCAGAUUCGUUACUCGCAGCAGACGACUCCAAACCUUUCCCUAUGUGAAGAUAUUCCACCAAGACUAUCAAUAAGGCAGCGGCACAGCAGCGCCGACACUUCUUUCCCGAACUCUGUACUGGAUCAAGAUGCUUUUGCUGAAUGCGAUCCGGUCUUGAACUAUAUGGCUACGGAUAGCGACGAAUGCAUGGACGGCGACGCUUCCAUUAAAUCGUCCGUGGAUAUUAUGAUGGACAGUGGUAUAGGAAUCGUACAAGAAGAUGUCGUAGACCGCUGGAGAAGAAGCCCCACAACCUUGAUAAGGCGUAGCAGUCCAUACCGACAGAGAAACAGCAUGCGGCGGGGGUCUCAGGACCGACUUUCACCGGUGAAAUACGAUGAUGCGACGUCACAAGAGAUGCAAGAAGACUUCUCUGAAGAUGAAUGUGACAUAAUCGACAGAUUUGUCCCUUUCCCGCCUCAAAAUAGGACAAAAAGUCACCGUACCUUUCAGAGGAAUAAACAGAAACGGGUCAUAUCGCCCGAUCCCGAACUAUUAACCGGAGGUCCUUUGUAUAAAAUCGUUCUGUGCGGUGAUAUCUGUGUAGGGAAGUCCAGCUUCAUGUUCCGUGCUUGUAAUAACAGCUUCAAGAAACACAUUCGUUCAACGUUAGGUGUCGACUUCCAAAACAAAACUUUGAAAGUGACUCCUUCGCGAACUAUCACAGUUCAGUUAUGGGAUACUGCAGGGCAAGAGCGUUUUAGAAGUUUGACUUCAUCUUAUUUUCGGCGGGCAAAUGGCGUCAUACUUCUUUAUGAUGUCACAAACCCAGCAUCAUUCCUCAAUGUAAAGGACUGGAUGGAAACUAUAACGAGUUCAUCAGCUGCUGGCACUCCAGUUAUGAUUUGUGGAAAUAAAGUUGAUCUGAGAAACAAGAGCCACGGAAGGUCACAACCAGUUGUUUACCAAAACGAAGGAGCUCAACUGGCAGCGAACUAUGGUGCUUUGUUUAUGGAGACAAGUGCUGCGCUGGGCGAAAAUGUGGAAGCAGCACUUAAAACCCUUGGGCGACAUUUGCAAGGAAAAAACGAAUCCGAAACCGGAUUAAUCUACGAUUUAAAAGAACAUUCUGAAAAGGAAAAUGAAAGCAGUUGCUGUUUAACACCGCAGCAAAAAUCUUAAGCUACAAAUUUUAAUUAUUGUUUAUUUUAGUGUUUAAGUUCGAUUAGUCUUUUUUAUAUAAAUAUUAUAAAAGUGUUUUAGAAGGGACGAAGCGUUGUACUGCUGUACUGAAUAUGUUGCGCAAAACAUGCUGAAUUAUAUACCUCACAUUGUGGGUAGUAUACAAAAAUGGCUUAGAUUACGUUUUUUUGCAAAUUAACUUGUCAAAAAAUGGAAUACUUUUGGUAUAGACCAUCAACUAGAUGGCAAUUUUAGCUUGAAAGUAAAGCUGAAUUGCUUCUGCAAUACAAAUAGAUCUGCGAUGUAUAUAGGUUGCAGUAAGGCAACGCUUAUAGAUAAAAGUCAUAUGGUAAAAUGGAUACCGCGGGGUAAGAUGGAUACCAUAUUGCCUAGCCCAUAACAUCUCACAUUUCCUAACCGUAUUUUAAUUUAAAUAAUAAGGCUCCUUUAUGCUUGUGAGG